AUGAAUCAACUGGAGAGCCUCAAGAAACACACAUGUGUUGUAAUCGACACAGCAGAUUUCUCUCUUCUGAAAGAAUUUUCUGCUGAAGAUGCCACAACUAACCCAUCGUUGGUCCUAGCUGGCAGUCAGGUCCCGCAACACGCUCACCUCGUCAAUAGUGCCGUAGAGUUUGCACGCUCUAAUGUCUCUCGGCUACGUGAUGGCCUCCUCUCCAGCGCUGAUGAUGAGCGCGCCCAGUUGCUGGAGCUCGCAGUUGACAAACUAACAGUGAGUUUCGGUGUGGAAAUCCUAAAGGCCAUUCCUGGUCGGGUGAGCUCAGAGGUAGAUGCUCGCCUCUCCUACGACGCUGACAAGAUGGUCAAGAAGGCGCAACAUAUCGUACAAUUGUAUGCGGAGGCUGGUGUACCAAAGGAAAGGUUGUAUAUAAAGCUGGCUUCCACGUGGGAGGGCAUUCGCGCCGCGGAGCGCCUGGAACGUGAGGGCAUCAACUGCAACCUCACAUUACUAUUCUCAUUCGAUCAGGCCGUGGCCUGUGCUCAAGCAGGCGUUGCCCUCAUCUCUCCCUUCGUUGGUCGAGUAUUGGAUUGGUAUAAAGCAAAGUACCCGGAGCAGGCCGACACAUUCAUUGGAGCACAAGAUCCAGGCGUCAUUGCUGUAACGAAAAUUUACAACUACUACAAGCGGCAUGGUUACAAAACCGUUGUGAUGGGAGCAUCGUUCCGCAACACUGGUGAAGUACUAGAGUUGGCUGGUUGUGAUAAACUUACCAUUUCUCCUAAGCUACUGCAAGAACUCGCCAGCACACCUGGUGAAGUCGUGCGGAAAUUGGACCCGGCACGACUCACCCAAUCCAUACCGAAGCUUUCUGAAUUGACAAGACCGGAAUCUCUCUUUGAGAGGGAGACAAACAACAUGGCAGUUGAGAAGUUGGAAGAAGGUAUCCGAAACUUUGCAAAGGAUACAGAAAAGUUGGAAGCACUCAUCGCUACACUUUUGUAA